GCCCUACAUCUGAAUUUCAUGCUUGAUCGCAAGGCGGUGUCCCGGGCCAUCAUUCCCAUGUGCAGCUUUGGCUUGGCGGACCCCGAGACCGGCGUCCCCUAUGACAAGAAGGUCCAAUGGUCCCUGCACGAGUCGGCCGGGGGCAAGGGCUGGGAGACGAUGGCCGUGACGAGUCACGACGUCCCGGACGAGAACCUGAGGCAGGAACUGGCGAAGCACUCCAUGACGGGCGAACGCUAUGACUUCAUUUGCUUUGAGGGGGAAGCAAGCCAGCAGCCCAGACGCCUACGCGCCCUCGUCGCCCACUUGCAUGUGACGAUGGGACACUUGUCGAAUGAUAGGCUGGCUAGGCUGCUACGCUUGAGCGGUGCCAAGGACUCUGCGGUGACGUUGGCAGGGGCUUUGCGCUGCCAAGUUUGUGCGAUGACUCGUCCUCCAUUGCCCACCCCGCAGGUGGCCUACCAAAAGCCGAAGGCCUUCAACGAGAGGGUCUCUGGCGACUCCUUCUUCAUCUGGGACGCGGAGGGGAAGAAGUUCGCGGCCACCCACUACAUCGACGCCCUUACCGAUUACCAGGUGGCCGACCUCACGGAUUCUCCCGACUCGUCGUUCGCGAGGGAGGUGUUCCAGGAUCUGUGGCUCUCAGUCUUCGGCCCUCCCGAUCUCUUGAUCACGGACGGCGGCAGCGAGUUCAAAGGAAGCCUCGAGACCAUGCUCGACUUGUUUGGCGUGGUGCAUGAAGUGACCCCUGAGGGAGCCAAGUGGCGUCUAGGCCAGGCCGAACGUCACGGCGCGGUGCUGAAGCUCAUGGUCAUGAAAGUGGUCAAAGGUAUGGGGCUGAAGGGACUGAAGGAUAUGCGCCACGCCCUUUUGGCUUCGGUGGCAGCCAAGAACAGAACCCUCAACCGGGGCGGCGUGUCUCCCAUGCAGGCGGUGACAGGCCGGAGUACGAUGAUACCGGGCUCCCUCAUGCAGCAGCUGGCCUCCGGAAGGGUGAAGUUCCAGUACAAUGAGGCCGUGACGAACAGUGAGGCCGUGGCCCGGGCAGAGAGGAUACGCAUAGGGGCUUUGGAGGCCUUCCACUGGCUGGACUCCCACGAUGCCCUUCGCAAAGCGCUGGCUUCAAGAUCCCGCCCACCUCACAUGGAGGGCGUUCGGGAAGGAGCCAUUGUCUAUGUCUAUGACCCUCCGGCGAGUCGCAAGGGCCUGGCCAGGCGAAUGCAGGACAACAGCAGUUG